AUGCUGCCUCCACGAGUUGUGCUCUGGGCACCACGGCUCCUGGGGUGGCUUCACCCUUGCCCUGUUCAGGUCAGAGGUUCCCAGAGCUUUCCCCAUCCCUGUGGGAGCAGGAUCAGGCCCUGCAUCCACACUGCUCUGUGUUACUGUGUGAUCGAUGCUGUCCUUCAGCACCGAGAGCUCCCGUGCACCUCUUUAAAGAACUCCAUUUACUGCUACAAUGAACACAGGCGGCUCGGCAGGGAGCGAUGGAGCCGAGGGGGAGCCUCUUUAUUUAUACAGACAGCUAAAAAGGACAACCUCACAAGAGACGACAUUUACCCAGCAGACAGGAGCUGCUUUCCCAGUGAGAGCUCUGGAGGCAGUGCUCAGGUGCUUCCCAGGCAUCAUCUGGUGGAGCUUUCCCUUGGGAACCUCAGUUUUUCCAUCCAGGUGCCAGCUGAUGAAGUUAAGCAGCAAAUAAAGGGAGGUUCAUCUUCAUCGUGUGAUGGCAAGGAGCUGGUGGGGUCCUGCGCUGAGGAGAUGGGCAGUAGCAGCAGAUAUUUAGGGAGUGGGUUAAAUAAGACAUCACACAGGCACAAAGUGGAGACCUGCCCAGCUACUUCCUGCAAGGGCUACCAAAGCUCUGAUGGAAGUUCUUUGUCCUACAUUGUGUAUAAGGGCUCGUGUAUGUUUAACUGGAAGAUGGAUGUCCUACAGACAAUAGGAUUGGAUGCCAUAAAGGGACGUGUGACUUGUGAUUUAAAAGACUUGGUAACUUGUAGAGUGAUGGUCUAAAAUGACUUGAUUUUAUAGCUAGUUUCUGCCAUCUGAGUGAUGCUGCAUGUAUUGGUUGUAUUUAUAACUUAAUAGCUUUUCUCAAUUUUAUUAGACUUUUUAUGAUACCUGUGGCUUUAUGGUACUUCAUAAUUUCUCUCAGAUUCAUUAAAUCCCAUUGAGGGAGGAGCUAAUGGCAGGUGAUGCAUUCCCAGUGCCAUGGAGCAGUCCAUAACCCCCCAGCAUCUCCUUGGCCUCCUCUGGACUCGCUCCAAGAGCUCCACGUCCCUCUUGUGUUGGGGGCCUCGGAGCUGAAAGAAGCAGCAUCUGCUUAGGGUUUAUAUCAUACCAAAACAGCCCCGGGGCAAGCACAGGAGGGAUGCUGGACAUUGCCUGCAGGCCCCAGGAGUCCUGGGAGAGGAAGAAUAAUGUUUCUUGGGGUCAUCAGUGUCUUUCAAAGGUGCCCUCCAUCCAUGGUGAGAUUAGGGUAAUUUUCCUCUUCUUGAACCAGUUAAACCAGUUAUUUCCUUCCAUAACCAUGAGCCAGCAGGAGGGAAAUCUUGCAUUUAAAACCAAGGGGCGUUUUGGCAGCUUGGGCUUUGGUAUUGACAAAAUUCGGUGCUCUGUUCACUGUAACCUUUCUGCUUUGGUAGAUUCCUUGUACCAAAGGCAGCGUUUCUGUGUUUUA